AUGGCUUCGAGACCUACCGUCACCAUCAUCGGCAAGGAUGGCAAGUCCUCCGGCAACACUCACACCCUGCCGGCUGUCUUCCUGAGCCCUAUCCGUCCCGAUAUCGUCCAGGAGGUUCACAAGGGUCUGGCCAAGAACAAGCGCCAGCCCUACUCCGUCAGCGAGAAGGCCGGUCACCAGACCUCUGCCGAGUCUUGGGGAACUGGUCGCGCUGUUGCCCGUAUCCCCCGUGUCUCCGGUGGUGGUACUCACCGUGCCGGUCAGGCCGCCUUCGGUAACAUGUGCCGUUCCGGUCGCAUGUUCGCCCCUACCAAGACCUGGCGCAAGUGGCACGUCAAGGUCUCCCAGGGCCAGAGACGUUACGCUACCGUUUCCGCCAUCGCCGCCUCCGGCGUUGCCCCCCUCCUCCAGGCCCGCGGUCACCAGGUCUCCAACGUCCCUGAGGUCCCCCUGGUCGUCGACUCUGCUCUCUUUGAGAACGCCGCUGUCGCCCGCACCUCCGCCGCCGUCUCUCUCCUGAAGACCGUCGGUGCCUCCGACGACGUCGAGAAGGUCAAGAAGUCCAAGAAGCUCCGCGCCGGUAAGGGUAAGCUUCGUGGCCGCCGCCACCGCCAGCGCCGCGGCCCCUUGGUCAUCUACGACCCCGAGGUCGACGGCAAGGAGCUCGUCACCGCGUUCCGCAACGUCCCCGGUGUCGAGACCUCCCCCGUCACCGCCCUCAACCUCCUCCAGCUCGCCCCCGGUGGCCACCUCGGCCGCUUCGUCGUCUGGACCUCCGCCGCCUUCAAGUCCCUGGACACCAUCUACGGCACCACCACCCAGCCCUCCGCCCUCAAGAAGGACUUCCUCCUUCCCUCUAACAUCGUCUCCCAGAGCGACCUGACCCGUCUGAUCAACAGCUCGGAAACCCAGUCCGCCCUCAACGAGCCCAAGGGUUACGCCGUCACCCGCCGCUCCGCGGUCCAGAAGAAGAACCCCCUCAAGAACAAGCAGGUCAUGCUUCGCCUGAACCCCUACGCCUCGGUAUUCGCCAAGGAGGCUGCCCAGAAGAAAUAA